AUGCCCCGCGAAAUUAAAGACAUCAAGGACUUCCUCCUUAAGGCGCGCAGGAAAGAUGCUAAAUCCGUGAAGAUAAAGAAGAACCCUGAGAACGUGAAGUUCAAGGUCCGCUGCUCGCGGUUCCUGUACACGCUCGUCAUCACCGACAAGGAGAAGGCGGAGAAACUCAAACAGAGUCUGCCUCCAGGUACGACCUCACACACACACACACACUCUAACCGUAGUUACGAUGAAAAAAAAACUUAG